AUGCCAAAAGGAGAACCGCGGCCGGAUGAUGUCGGUGACGACGGACUGAAGAACCUACUCAAGGCCCUUGCGAAGGGCUGCUACGAAUCCUACCGAGUCAUCGACGAGGCUCGCAUGAAAGCCGCUUACGGUAUAAAGAGCUCACCCGCCGGGAACAAGCGAUCCAACACCGCCUUCAUUCAUGAAGAUACGCACCUGACGGCCCCUCUCCAUUCAAGUCCCACCGAGCCGGUCCCCGCCUCCGGGAAUCACUCUACGACCACCGAUCCCUCUUCGACCGCCGUGGACACCAAUCCUGCAUCCAGUGACGAUCCUUCUAUAGUGACAGGUUUCCUCGCCAGCCCUGAACAACUGGUGGAGGUUUUGUUGUUGCACGGUGGAACCACAGACCUAGAGUCACAGAAGUCAGACGAUCAAUUCAAGCUGGCUCUCAAAGAAUGCGAGAAAGACAGCUCGAGGAGCCUUGGCGUGAAUUCGGACCACGCCGUCCUUGUUCCUGGCAAGGGGUUGACACCGGAAGGCAGUCGGGCGGGGUCGGGCGCGCCGUCACCACUUGCGCGUGACGUCCCGCAGGACGACGCGGUCGGACAGAGCAGCACGCCGAAGGAUUCGAGAAAGCGCAAGGGGGACGCGUUCCAGGAUCGCGCGUCCUAG